CCUGGUGUUGAGCGCCAGAAUUACUGACCGAAGCAGACGAAUAGAUUGUGCCGCCUACAUUGCGUUUGCAUCUCCUUUGGAACCAAAUCGACUCGAUGGUCAUUGUUGUCAACGAUGAUAAAAGCCAUCUUAGUGUUUAAUAAUCACGGUAAACCCAGGCUUACCAAGUUUUACCAGUUCUAUCCAGAAGAUUCCCAGCAGCAGAUAAUCAGGGAGACAUUUCAGUUAGUCUCAAAGAGGGACGACAAUGUGUGCAACUUCUUGGAAGGGGGAACGCUCAUAGGAGGAUCAGACUACAAGAUCAUCUACCGACAUUAUGCAACAUUGUACUUUGUCUUCUGUGUCGAUUCGUCCGAGAGUGAACUUGGAAUCCUGGACCUGAUUCAGAUUCGGGAAAACUGGAAAGUAGUGGAAAACUUCCAGUAUGUUAAAUUCUGGGAGAAAUCUGGUUCGGUACAAAACUGUGCCGUAACUGCAUGUGCUGCCAAGCAGGUAUUUGUGGAAACACUAGACAAGUGCUUCGAGAAUGUAUGUGAGUUAGACCUCAUCUUCCAUGUAGACAAGGUUCACUACAUUCUUAACGAGCUGGUCAUGGGAGGGAUGGUGCUGGAGACAAACAUGACGGAAAUUAUUGGCAGAAUAGAGGACCAGAAUAAAAUUGAAAAGCAGGAGGCUGGACUUUCUGCUGCACCAGCACGAGCAGUGUCAGCUCUGAAGAACAUCAAAGAUAUAAAACUGCCAAGUCUGCCUCCACCAGCUGAAACUUUCUCCUUCUGAUGUUGUCAGAAUGGGGCUGAAGAACUCUCCUUGUCCACAAAUUGUUCUACGUCCACAAAUAUUGCGAUAAGACUAUAUAUACUUAACACGACUGGAUCAUCCGCAUCAUAAUCUUCAUUGUGGAGCAAUCAUCAUCAUUGUUCUUACAGGGAUGUAUAUAUCUUGAUUGGUCUGUGCAGAAGGUGAAACAAGGCAUGGGCAAAGCUGUGUAGCUUACCAAGGGUUGUGUAUAUCGAGGAAUUCAAAUAAAACAUUGAAUUAAAAUGA